AUGCUCCGCGUGAGAGGGCCACAGGCGGGUAAGAGGCGCCACACCGAGCACGGUCGCCGUCUCCCCAUCCCUGCGAGCAACCUGACCCGGUUCUUACCUCGGACUCCCUCAGGCCCGGCGCCUGAACCCGCCAACUUCUCUGACCGCUCCAGGUUCGGGCUCUGGCGUCCCACCACAGCCCAGGCAGCGCGCGAGAAGGCACCAAAAGAUAGACAGAAUGGCAGAUUGCUAGUGUUUGAUCCAAAGGAAAAAGUGAUGAUUGAACCAAAUGAAGGAAUGUCAGAUAAAUGCCUCUUUAGACACAGACCAAGAUUGGCAAGCAAAAUUUAUACCUCACUGACUUUUCAAGUCUCUCUAAAUAUAGCAAAGACAGUCUCAGAAAAGAAGGAAGUCUCUUCAAAAAAUAUUGAAAAUAAAAUCUCUUCAAAUAACACUAAAAAUAGAAUAUCUUCAAAGAGUAUUUCAAACAAAGAAAUAGAAACAAAUCUACAAUCUAAUCUAUGGUCAUCUUCCUUCUUAAAAGCAAGCACAGGUGAAAUGAGCAAAAAUGUAGUCAUUGCAGAGCAGGAGAAAAAUAAUGAACAUUGCCCUGAGGAUAUCAAUGAUAAGUUGUCUGAAUCAACAGAUGAUGAUGGCGAGGAUACCAGUGAUGAAGAUAAGGAGGAAGACAGCAACCCUAAUAAGGAUACUCAUGCCCCAUUGGAGUUAAUGACAGAAUUCCUGAGAGCAGAAAUGGGCCAUGACUACCAUUUGGCAAAAAAAUUAUGUCAGAUGAUCCUAAUCUAUGAACCGGAAAAUCCUGAAGCCAAGGAGUUUCUCUCACUGAUUGAAGAAAUGCUGCUGAUGGAGAAAGCACAGAAUCUUGAGGAAGAUGAUGACAAGAGUGAAGAAGACAAUAGUGAGAGGGAAGGAGAGAGCACUGAGGAUCCAAGUGGAGAAAGCUCUGAUGAGUGUGAAGAUGGGUGA